AUGACUUCGCUCUCUGUACUACUCCUUUUACUUCGUACUGUAGCUUAUACAUACGCUGCUGGACCAGAAUAUGUUCCCAUCUCCAGUGCUGUCAAGUUCAGAGGGGCAGCACUCUCUAUAGGCACUCCACCGCAGAAUCUCAGCUUUCAACCUGUGCCAUAUCUCCACAAUGCAUGGAUAUAUAACGAGUCUGGAUAUUGCGAUAUCACUGUGUCAGCAAAAAAGUGUACAACUGAAAGAGGUGGGCUCCCUGUGUGGAAAGAUUCUUCUACCUUUCAUUCCGCGGGAAAUUUAUUUCCUGCCAGUGGCAGCCUGGUCGACAACUCAACGAUUACCGAGGCAAGUUGGGCAAACGAUACACUCUUAGUCACGUCGAAUGUUAGUCUUGACGGCUUUCCAUUGGGCAUCAUCGACCAAGACUUGACUGGAUUACCGCAAAAUCCUCUUGGUCUCGGUCGGAAUUCGACUUUACUUACAAGACUUAUACAAAUGCGGACCAUCAGUUCACGAGCAUGGUCUUUCUGGUGGGGGCUUUCUGGUGCAGAGAAAAGUGCUCGAAUGGAUGGGGGCCUAGUCUUAGGAGGUUACGAUGCAGCGAAGAUAAAGAAUGCCAAGAACCAUACCGGUCAGAUCACGGAGCCAGGCGAUUGUCCGUCCGGCCUGGUAGUGGCAGUGACCGACAUCCUGCUCAAGUUUCCAAACGGAUCCAUGCCUAGUCUGCUUCACUCCAUGCCGGGAAGUACGAAUCUAGAAGCGUGCUUAUGCCCGGAAUGUUCAAGCUUGAUGACUUUUCCCCGUUCGUCAUAUUAUCUCACACGUUUUCAAGAGAUGAGUUACAUGACCGAAAUCCCUCAGACCAUAGGAACAGACGGAUCCAAUUCCACCUUUAUGGUGUACUUCUAUCCGGAAGAUGUUUACCAGGGCGAUAUCAUCAUUGGUCUCGAAUCUGGUCUCAAUGUGACGAUACCAAAUAGUCAGUUCGUCGUCGCAGAAAAUAUGGUAUCGAACGAUACCGGUGUCGUCGCGUACAAUUCUAAGAUCCAGUAUGUCAUGUUAGGUCAGAACGAAUACGAACAUGUAGAAGUUUUGAUGCUGGGCAAAUACUUUUUCACGGCUGCAGUCAUGUUGGUCAAUCACGAAAUCGGUGAAUUCACGCUUUGGGAGGCAAAUCCAACCACGGAUACCGAUCUUGUUUCCAUCCCAGCCUCACAGGACGAUUCACUAUGCCAGCCGAGUCCUACCGGCAUCAUCAAUCCUAUAUUGCCGAUGUCUACCCUGAAUCCGUCCCAACAAGAACCCUCUUCAAAGUUUCCCAUCGGAGCUAUCAUUGGUGUAAUAAUCGGUGGGGUAGCACUACUAGCCAUUAUUGUCAUUAUCAGCUUCUGUUAUAUACGCAGGAAUAAAGCAAAGGCUCUACAUACCGCGACAGUACCACCAAUCCCUUCGUACGCCCAAAAACCAAAAUGGAAUCCAGGAGUCCAAGAGCUGGUAGGAGACCACGCCCCUGAGUUUGAGGGAAGCGAGCAUUUCCAGAGCGAGAUUUAUACGCAAUCGCCGAAGCUAUCGCAAGCUCCGAUGGAAUUCUGUGUUCCCUCUCAUAAUCAACAAGCUCGAAUCCCCUUUCACACACCUCGCAAAUCUAUCGCCUCCAAUGCUACCCAGUUGUACCUCAAAUACAAUGUGACCCCACAUAACCUUCAUCAUAUAGUCUCCAUCUUCGCCCGAAAUCCCAUCUCCUCCCAGCACUCGUAUCGAAGAUCUUCUGGUCUUGUCUCCGAACCCCUCGCCAACCUAGACUAUAGUACAGUGCGCACACUGUGUCUGAAUUUAUCGAUCGAGGAAUCCUCGGGGUUCACUAUUACUUCGGCUAUCUAA